AUGCUCAGCUCCCCUCGGAUGCACAUUACCCAACAUUGGCUCAUGAUUGAUCCAAGGAGAGAGCAGCCCAAUAUGAAAACCGUGCUAGGCGCAGCCACCGUUUUAUUCAUCGAUCGUAGCUUUGCGCAGCAGCUAUCAGGAAUCUUACUUGUCCCGCGCCGACUCCUCGACGCCGACACGACAUGCCACGGCAUCACCUCCAACGGCAACCCGUGCCGCCGUUCGCUGGCGGCCACCCCGUCGGGCACACCCUCGGGGUCUCCCGCCUCGAAACGCUCGCGGCAGCAAAAACAGCAGCAGGGACGCCUUGACCGGCAAGAGUUGUAUUGCUGGCAGCACAAGGACCAAGCGGCGCACCACUCGCCCAGUCCGUCGCCCAUGUCGAAGAAGAGCGGGCGGAGUGGUGGCGCGGGCUCGGAGCUCGUGUACCGGUCGAGCAUCGAUACGCUGGUAGAGCGCCUGGGGAUCUUGAAGGUGGACUCUGAGUUGAGGGAGAAGGGCAAGAUGGUUCAGGGGCAGUCGGGCGGGGGUCCGAGGAAGGGCGGUAAGAAGACGAGCGGGGGUAGGAGCAGCAGCAACAGCGGAGGGUUGGGGAAAUUGCUUCUGUGCUGCUUUUGCUUCGACGUGCCGACGGGGAAAAGGGGAGACGCAGGCGCGGCCUGUCCGACCGCAACCGAGGCCGGUGCAGAGACUGAAUCAAAGGCGGGGGCGGGGCCGGUACCUUUGACGCCGACAAAAGUGCGGCCCGCGGAUGCUGCUGCGGGGCGUGCGACGAGCGCGCCGGCGAGGUUGUUCGGACCGGAGGCCGGGCGCCCUCGGCCAUCGUCCGGUGCGAACCGGCGGCAGAAGCCGGGUGGUCCCAACUCGCUUUCGCUGAUCCCGGCGUCGCUGGCGCCGGAAGCGGCGACGAGUCUGAAGAUUGAGUUGGAGCGGCCGUUUGUGGAGUCGGAGGAGCCCGGGUAUAUCUACAUGUUUUGGAUGACGCCGACGAAUACCAAGACGCCCCCGUCGAGGCGGCGCGGGAGAGGGCGGAGGCGGCGAAAGAAAAAGAGCAAGAAGAAGAACAAGAAGAAGAAGAAGACAAUGCUGCUCAAGAUUGGGCGGACGUCCAACGUGCAGCGGCGGAUGAACGAGUGGUCGCGGCAGUGCGGGUACGACGUCGAGGUGCUCCGCUUCUACCCGUACGUGUCGGGCGCGGAGCGCGGGAUGGCGGGCACGAUCGGGACGAGCAUGAUGACGCCGCACGUGAAAAAGGUGGAGAGGCUGAUUCACCUGGAGUUGUUGGGCAUGGGUUUGCGGGCGGAGCUUGGCACGUGUGAUGCGUGCGGGCGGGAGCAUAGGGAGUGGUUCGAGGUGGAGGUUUCGAGGGAGUCUGUGAGGGCGGUGGAUGAUGUGAUUCGGCGGUGGGUUGGGUGGGAUGAGGGGAAUAUCUGA